AUGGUCCAAGCAGGCGACCCCAUCCCCGAAGUCGAGCUCUUCGAGGGCCCCGAAACCAAAGUCAACCUCGCCAAAGAACUCGCCUCAGGCAAAGGCGUCAUCGUCGGUGUUCCUGCAGCGUUCAGCCCCUCCUGCUCCGCCCGCCACGUCCCCGAAUACAUCAACUCCAAGAAACUGAAAGAUGCCGGCAAAGUCUACGUCGUCUCCGUGAACGAUCCUUUCGUCAUGAAAGCCUGGGCCGAAGACCUCGACAAAGGAAGCAAAAGCGGCAUCCGCUUCCUCGCCGACCCCUCCGAAGAAUUCGGCUCCAAAUUGGACGUCCUCUUCCAAGGCCCCGCCGUGUUUGGCGACAAGAGGUACAAGAGACAUGCGAUUGUCACGGAGGAUGGGAAGGUCAAGUCGGUGCAUAUUGAGCCUGAUAACACGGGUGUGAAUGAGAGUGCCGCUGAGAAGGUCAUUGGUGCUUAG